UUUACUACUCGUUUUUUUGUUAGUAAAUACGACGUAAUUUUUUUGUCUGAAAGAAGAAUUUAAAAAAGUUUCAAAAAUUACAUUUUCAAAAGAUCUCUUUGCUGAAAAAAGCAACACAACCCAUAGAAAAAUGCUCGAUCUUGAAGUAAUACCUGAGAGAAGCCUCGGAUGUCCCGAGAAGUCUUGGGAAUUCAUUUUAGGGAUGCAUUUUUCUCAAGCUGUUGCUAUAAUUCAGUCGCAAGUGGGUACCAUCAAGAAUGUACAGGUUCUAUAUUCAGAUCAGAAUCUGUUGAAUGUCGAUCUAAUCAUUAACAUUCCAUUGAGUGGUAUGCGCUUAAUCUUUGACCCAAUAUCGCAACGCUUGAAAGCAAUUGAAAUAUUCAAUAUGAAGCUUGUACGCUUGAGGUACUGUGGAAAUUACUUCAAUAGCCCAGAAAUACUUCCAUCCAUAGAACAAAUUGAAAACUCUUUUGGAUCAACGCAUCCAGCUGUCUAUGAUGCUGUUAAGAACUCAUUUGCCUUGAAUUUUCGCGGUCUGACUUUUUACUUCUUUGUCGAUAGCAAGACACAGCCAAAUCAAGCUAAUCAUGGCUUAUCAUCACUCCAUUUUGGACCUGGAAAUUCGCCAAUUGUCACUCGAAUGACACUUUACUGUGGCAAUUCCUUUCAUGAAUGUAAAGCUCCUGCACUUCCAAUUAGUUGCUAUAAUAAGCAACUUUAUGUCGAGUCAGCAACUGUCAUAAGGAACUCGAGUGGAACGAAAGGAUUGCGCUUAAAUAUCUUCACUGAAGGAUCUGUUCGGUCCUUGGAAGCACGUAAGCAAUGCUUUACACGUGAUGUCUUAUUUGGUGAUACAUGUCAGGAUGUUGUAACAAAUCUCGGUGCACCAUCGCGUGUCUUUUACAAGUCUGAAGACAAAAUGAAGAUUCAUAGUCCAUCGGCACACAAACGUGUUCAAAGGAAGAGUGACUUCUUUUUCAACUACUUUACACUUGGCAUAGAUAUAUUGUUUGAUGCACGCACACAAAAGGCUAAGAAGUUUAUACUGCACACCAACUUUCCUGGUCAUUACAACUUCAAUAUAUAUCAUCGCUGUGAAUUUAAAAUUGAGCUGAAUCCUGAUAAAACCGAGCAACUGAAUGGAAAUCCAAUCAACGUUACAGCCUAUUCAAAAUGGGACGCAAUUAGUGCAAAAUUUCCAUCCGAAAGUCCAAUUGUUUUACAUCGUAGCUCAUCGACCAACUGCUCAAAUAUUUUCGGUAGCACAUUCUGUUAUGGAUAUCAAGACAUUAUCUUUGAAGUUAUGAAUAAUGGUCAUAUUGCUUCCGUUACAUUUUACAAUACAUCAUCACAGAAUGUCUUUAGUAACUGGGCUGGAAUUGGAAAUCAACAGCAGAUCAACAAACAUAAUGAAUUUGAAAUUAAAAUUAAUUAGACUAUAUAAAUUGAUAUUAAUGAUUGACAAGCUUAAAGCAUCUCGUAUGAUUGUUAUAUAUACUUUAAUUAUAUUUGAGACAAAGUUGUGUGGAAAAAGCUAUUUUUAAGAUGCAUUGUAUAUCUUUCAAUUUUAGAUGUUAAGAAUGAAGAGAAUAAUACAUGAAACCUUUUGACUAACAUU